UUCCAAUUUAUCGCCGGAUUAAUUCCUUGCUCACCGAGCUACCUCCGCUUGUUGGACGGAUCUUAGUUGCUGCAACAGCGUCCACGGGAUCCUUCCCGCACCGGUCGCCUUCUCUGUCGCUGGUCCUAGUGGUCAAUCAUGUCUCAGGAUGAGGGGUAAGAAGUCUGGUUGUGGUAUGAUUGGAUUCUGAUCAUGCAAAUAUACGCAACAACAUAGCUAGGUCUUAGGAUCCAAUUGAAUCUCGCACUUCUCCCUGGUACGAAGCGGAGCCGCUGCGGCCUUCCCCUCUCUUGACCCUAUGGUUCGACUUCAAAAGGAGCCCUGAGAACCCAAGGAGGCACCGUUUGGAAACCAGAAUACCUUGGGAGUUCUCACUCUGGACUCUGUCUUUUGAACAGAUUACAAACUUUUAUCAAUUGCUUUGUACGAGGUUCAAGAUGACGAUCCCUGAUGAGGUCGAUAUCAUCGUGUGUGGCGGUGGUAGUUGUGGUUGUGUGGUAGCUGGCAGAUUGGCUAACUUGGACCACAACCUCCAAGUCUUGCUGAUUGAGGCCGGAGAGAGCAACUUGAAUAACCCAUGGGUUUACCGUCCAGGAAUCUACCCCCGGAACAUGAAGUUGGACAGUAAAACGGCAUCCUUCUACUACUCUCGUCCCUCGGAAUGGCUCGGUGGUCGUAAAGCCAUUGUUCCCUGCGCUCAUAUUCUAGGCGGAGGGUCAUCCAUCAACUUCAUGAUGUACACUCGUGCAUCUGCAUCUGAUUAUGAUGACUUCCAAGCAAAGGGAUGGUCUACAAAGGAGUUGAUUCCCCUGAUGAGGAAGCAUGAGACGUAUCAACGUGCUUGCAACAAUAGGGAUCUCCAUGGCUUUGAGGGACCGAUCAAAGUCUCUUUUGGAAACUACACUUACCCAGUUAUGCAGGAUUUCCUGAGAGCUGCCGAGUCUCAGGGAAUCCCAACUACUGAUGAUCUUCAGGAUCUUGUAACGGGCCAUGGGGCGGAACAUUGGCUCAAGUGGAUCAACAGAGACACCGGACGUCGCAGUGACUCUGCACACGCCUACAUCCACGCCACCCGUGCUGUGCAUACCAACCUGCAUCUCCAAUGCAACACCAAAGUCGACAAAGUAAUCCUUGAGAACGGCGUCGCGGUCGGCGUGAGAACCAUCCCUAGCAAGCCUCUUCAUCCAUCGCAACAAUCACGCACCUUCCGCGCUAGAAAGCAAAUCAUCGUGUCAGGCGGCACGCUCUCUUCACCAUUGAUCCUGCAGCGCUCUGGUAUCGGCGACCCCAAGAAGUUGCAAGCUGCAGGUGUCCAACCCAUUGUCGACCUUCCGGGUGUUGGUCUCAAUUUCCAAGACCAUUAUUUGACUUUCUCUGUCUACAGAGCCAAGCCGGAAACCGAAUCCUUCGACGACUUUGUCCGCGGCGACCCCGAAGUCCAAAAGGCAGUCUAUGAUGAAUGGAACCUCAAAGGCACUGGCCCCCUCUCCACGAACGGCAUCGAAGCCGGUGUCAAGAUCCGCCCCACGGAAGAAGAGCUCAAGGAGAUUGAAUCAUGGCCUACUCCACACUUCAAGAGCGGAUGGGAGAGUUACUUUAAGAACAAGCCUGACAAGCCUGUUAUGCAUUAUUCUGUCAUUGCCGGAUGGUUCGGUGACCAUAUGUUGAUGCCGCCGGGCAAAUUCUUUACUAUGUUCCACUUCUUGGAAUACCCAUUCUCCCGCGGCUCCACCCACAUUGUCUCUCCAGACCCCUACGAAGCUCCUGAUUUCGAUGCCGGGUUCAUGAACGACGAGCGUGAUAUGGCGCCUAUGGUCUGGGGUUACAUCAAGUCUCGCGAGACUGCACGCCGGAUGGAGGCCUACGCAGGCGAAGUCCAAGCAAUGCACCCCUUCUACGACUACGACUCGCCGGCCCGCGCCAAGGACCUCGACCUAGCAACGACGAAGCAAUACGCACUGCCGGGCAACAUCAGCGCAGGCAUCCAGCACGGCAGCUGGAGCGUACCUAUCGAGAGCGGGAAGCCACCUAAGGAAUCGUUCUUGAACUCGCACCGCAAGGAUGUGUACCAGGAUCUCAAGUACAGCAAGCAGGAUAUCAAACAUAUCGAGGAGUGGGUCAAGAGACACGUUGAGACUACAUGGCACAGUCUGGGCACGUGCUCCAUGGCGCCGAAGGAGGGCAACAGCAUUGUCAAGCACGGCGUCGUGGAUGAGAGAUUGAAUGUGCAUGGGGUUAAGAACCUGAAGGUUGCGGAUCUGAGUAUCUGCCCAGACAACGUUGGCUGCAAUACUUACUCAACCGCUCUCCUCAUCGGCGAGAAGUGCGCCGUUCUCACAGCCGAGGAUCUUGGCUACACUGGCCCAGCCCUCGAGAUGAAAGUCCCCAACUACCACGCGCCUGGCGAAGUGAGCGCCAUCGCCCACGCGCGUCUCUAA